CGCUCGUCUAACGCUCGGUUCGGUUUUAGUUUUUGGUGUUUGGUCUUUGGUUUUAGUUCCCAUUUUUCGGCUGUCGGACGUGGCUCGAGUUCGGACUUUUGCUUAAAUUCUUCUUAUUUUUUUGGUGCACCCAAGUGUAAUCCGUGCGAACUGGUGAAUGUUGUCUGUGCUGGUUCGCUCGAAGGAGUGAUCAUCGUCGUUCGGCCGGAUCAAGGCGGUCAAGCAGCCUCAUCAUCAUCAUCUUUGACGCAAGUUAUUAUCAUCAUCAGCGGAGGCGACCAUAAACGGGGUACUGUAAUCAUGAUCUUGCUUAACCUGCUCCUCCUGUCCAUCGUCGUGGUAACUGGCGUCCACGGGGUCCUCUCACCACCUCCUGGCUACGAUGACGACACCUCACCACUGCCACUUCGCUUAGAGGACUUGGAGCGGGAACAGGAACUUCACCAGCACCUGGAUCUCAAUCGACCGCCACUUCUGCCCAAUCACUACGAGUGGCGACCUGAUGUGGCCGCCAGUUUGCCGCCCAGCUACAUCCAAGAUGCCGCCCAGAGGGAGCAGGAGCUCGAGCGGCUGCAGCGGCUGGAGGAGCUGCGCCAACUUCAGCGCCAGCAUCAGCAGCUCAGUUCGGGUUACGCCUUUCCCGCCCACCUGCCGGGUGUGCUGUACGUUGGACCCACGUCAGCCACGCCCGCUCCCACGGCCUCGGCGACCACAACGGCAGUGCCCUCCUCUUCAGCACGGUUCACAAAGCCCAUGGUUCCCUACGAUUUGGACUUGGGCAUUCAAUAUGUGACCAAUAAUGCGUUGCCCCUGCCAGUACCUCGCCCCCAAGGACAACCUCCUUUUAUAUACGGAUUCACCCAGGGCAACAGACCCACUAGCAGCCAUCUGGUGGUUCAACCUCUGGUGGUUCAGCAGUCCAAGCAGUUCGCCUACGCUCCCGCAUCGCCACCACAGCGACACUAUGCGAAUGGACCUCGAAUUCCACUUCCAUACCCGCCGAGUUUUGUGAGCAUUACUACCCGAAGGCCCGGAUCGGGGAGGACCAGACCAUUCCGGCCAUCGCAGCCAGACCCCACGCCCGACUUGUUUGCCGGACGAUCUUCGAAGUCGCUGCUGGACUCUUAUAUCCCCAGCUGGGAGGUUCUUCGCCUGGUCAGGGAACGCAGUACCCCGCACCAGCACCAAGGAGGAUUCUCUCCCGUCCAGAGGCAGACGCUCGCUUACCCAGCUCCGGCGCAUUUGCGACUCUAUAAGCGAGAUUCCCAGGAGAACCGAGGUACCAGAAUCGUGAAGAAGUCGCUGGGACAGCCGGGAAAACUCAAGGAAAACUAAAGCACGUGGCUUUCUAUCUCGGGGCUAGCGUAGCGAUUUUAGUUUUUUGUUUUUAGAAUACCUACAAAUACGAAUAUUUAUUGCAGCGAA